CACGGCUGCUUUUCGGAUCGGAUCCUUCGAAUGGUUUUGGCUGUAUCUUCAUGUAGGACCUACUGCCUAUCCUGCCGGCCGCGGUGAAUUCCACCUGCGGUGCCUUAACUUGUGCACCUGAAAUGCUGCCCCUGCACGAGGCCGGGAAGGACGGGCUAACUGGAGGGUGGGGGUGCGGGUUGGGAUCUGGGUUCCUGUGCCUCCUGCCCACCUUGGUGGGGGAGGUGGAAGACGAGGGAAAGUGAACUUUUCAGAGAUUCUGGUGUAAGGGGGCAGAUAUGCUUCGAGUCAGUAAAGCUGUGCACAGUCAAGAAGAGAGGCUUGGGAAAACCAAGGAAGUUUCCCAGAGAUGACAUUUGAACUGCGGAAACGUUGGCAGGGGAAAGGCACUUCACAUUAAUGCUGGGAUUCAUCACCAGGGCUCCUCACCAACUUCUGUCCCUUCUUCUGUGUCCUGGACUCCGGAUACCUCGACUCUCAGUACAUUGUGCUCAGCCCAGGAAAUCGGAGAAUCCUGCCUGUGGCGUUCACAGGCCCAGAGCCAUGGCUAGCUCCUCUUCGUCCUGGGAACUGCCCCUGGUGGCUGUGUGCCAGGUAACAUCCACACCAGACAAGCAACAGAACUUUAAAGUAUGUGCUGAGCUGGUUCGAGAAGCUGCCAGACUGGGUGCUUGCCUGGCUUUCCUACCUGAGGCAUUUGACUUCAUUGCACGGGACCCUGCAGAGACGCUGCACCUGUCUGAGCCACUGGGUGGGACCCUUUUGGGAGAAUAUACCCAGCUUGCCAGGGAAUGUGGACUCUGGCUGUCCUUGGGUGGUUUCCAUGAGCGUGGCCAAGACUGGGAGCAGACUCAGAAAAUCUACAAUUGUCAUGUACUUCUGAAUAGCAAGGGAUCAGUAGUGGCCACUUACAGGAAGACACAUUUGUGUGAUGUAGAGAUUCCAGGGCAGGGGCCUAUGCGCGAAAGCAACUCUACCAUGCCUGGGCCCUCUCUUGAGUCACCAGUCGACACACCAGCAGGCAAGAUUGGUCUAGCUAUCUGCUAUGACAUGCGAUUCCCUGAACUCUCUCUGUCAUUGGCUCAAGCUGGAGCAGAAAUACUUACCUACCCUUCAGCUUUUGGAUCUGUUACAGGCCCAGCCCAUUGGGAGGUAUUGUUGCGGGCCCGUGCCAUUGAAACCCAGUGUUAUGUAGUGGCAGCUGCACAGUGUGGACGCCACCAUGAGAAGAGAGCAAGUUAUGGCCAGAGCAUGGUGGUAGACCCCUGGGGAACAGUGGUGGCCCGCUGCUCUGAGGGGCCAGGUCUCUGCCUUGCCCGGAUCGACCUCAACUAUCUGCGACAGUUGCGCCAACACUUGCCUGUAUUCCAGCACCGCAGGCCUGAUCUCUAUGGCAAUCUAGGCCACCUGCCGUCUUAAGACUUUUAACAUCUGUGAGUUGAGACCCCAUGUUAGCUGGCGUUGCUGUGUCUUUAGAGACUGGACCCAGGCAGAGCUCCCCUCACUUGGAGAACCUUGACUUUUGAUGGAACACAGGCUUGGCUUAUUGGGAAAGAAGAAACUUUCACCUGAGCUCAGAUUUCAGUUUCAGAAAGGUGGAAUUUUUAUAUAGUCAUUGUUUAUUUCAUGAAAACUGAAGUUAUGCUGAGGGCUGAGCAGCACUGGCAUUGAAAAAAUAUAUAAUCAUCAUAAAGUCUGA